UGGCAUGGCGGAAGGUCUGCGCGGUAAACAAUAUAAACAAAGACACAAAAUUGGCGACUGCUCCCAGAAUUUCGAGGCGUGGCCGAGCGAGAGCCGCGGGUGAGGAGCCAACAUGCCGCAGAAGAAGAAGGAGUCGCUCGGGGGAGACAAGCCAGGCCAGGAGGUGCAGGCUGACCACGAGUUAUUCUUGCAGGCCUUUGAGAAGCCAACACAAAUAUACCGGUACCUCAGGUCGCGGAACGUUCUGAGUCCAAUAUUCCUGCAACGAACGCUCUACUACAUGCGAGGGCGGAUGAGUCGGAGCCACAAAAACAGAAUGACCUUUAAACUGGAUGGCCUCUUGGAAAAGGUUACGCAGAAGAGUGAGAGGCAGGGGGAGCGGCCGGCCAGUUACCUCAACAUUGCCUUCACCGGCUUUCAUGACGACAAAUUGGAGGGAGUGUCAGGGGAUGUGGCCAGAGUGGAAACCUUCAUCGUGAAAAUGUGCCACAAGAAGCGCAAGGAGUCGUCAGCUCCGCUCAUGCAGGUGUCUGUGGGAACGCAAGAUGUCUCCAUCAACCCGACAGAGAGCAGUGGUGGUGGUGGUGGUGGUGGUGGUCGCUGCUACCCAACCAUCAGCAUCCCGACCCACAGCUUCACCUGGAGCAACGGACACCAGGUCAAGUCGUACGUCAUGGUGUUCCGGGUCACACUUGUGCACGACCAGGAGAAUGCCGGCGAGCCCCUCAUGAAGCGGCGGCGAGUCAGUCGCAGCUCAUCGCAGGACGCACAAGAUGCAAAUAUCGCCAACAACACCGCCAACACCCCCAAUAAUAACAACAACAACAACAAUAACAACACCACAGCCACACAGAAUGGGGAUGCUUCAAAUGGGGGUGUUGGGUCCACGUACUGCGGGGAGCUGGUGAUGUUUGACCGCCACGGACGUUCCCUGCUGACCCCUGGACACUAUGAGCUGGUGUUGGAGCUGCAGGCGGGAGCAGACGGCGACAGUCUUCCUCUCUGCCGCUCCAGCCCAAAGAAGGUGGCCGGCUGGGAGACCAUCAGCACUUUGAAACUGGAUGGCAUUUUCAACCACAUCCCAGUGCUGAAGUUUACUCUCAACUGGACCAAUGAGACGUCCAGCCCAGCACCAGAGCGCCCUCGUCUCCAGCCACUCAAGCCCCUGGAUGUGGUGUUGGCGAAUAGCACCUCCACCAAGCCCAGGCCUCAGGGAGUGGCCAGCCCUGAGGCACCCCAGCUCGUGCUCUACCAGUUUGUGUACAAUAACAACAGCCGCCAACAGACUGAGGCACGCCGAGACUUUCACUGCCCCUGGUGCUCUCUCAAUUGCAUGGCUCUCUACUCCCUACUGAAGCACCUCAAGUUGUGUCAUGCCCGGUUCUCCUUCACUUAUGUUCCGCAUCCCAAGGGCGCAAGAAUUGACGUCUCCCUCAAUGAGUGCUACGACGGGUCUUACGCUGGCAACCCCCAGGACCUUGUGGCGCUCCCUGCAGGGUUUGCAUUCUCCCGGUCAGGUCCCACUCGCCGCACACCCACCACUUCCGUUCUGGUGUGCCGCCCGAAACGCCCCAAACCUUCCCUCUCUGAGUUUCUGGAGCAGGAUGAUGAUUUCGACUUGCCUCGCUCAUACAUUUUGGGUCAUAACAGGCUGUACCACCACACCAUGACCUGCCUGCCCAUUCAGCCCCAUGAGCUGGAUGAGGACAGCGAGGGGGAGCACGACUCGGAGUGGGUGCGGCAGAAGACACAGAUGAUGAUUGACGAGUUCUCGGAUGUGAAUGAAGGAGAGAAAGAAGUGAUGAAGAUGUGGAACCUACACGUCAUGAAGUACAAUUUUGUGGGCGACAGUCAAAUCCCUCUGGCGUGCAGCAUGUUCCUGGAGACCCAUGGAGCAGAACUGCUGCGCAAGAAUCUGUACCGCAACUUUGUUCUACACAUGAUCUCCCUUCACGACUUUGGUCUCAUCGGAACUGGCGUGGUGUACCGCUGUGUGCUGCAGCUGCAAGGAAUGAUGCAGGACCCCUCCAUACAGAAGCAGUUGGCAGCAGGCUGGGAGGAGCAGCGGAGAUCAGCUAAGAAAGUCUUUCCGGUUCACUCUGGCCGCAGCAACAUGGCCAUAGGGGGAGGCAGGGGAGGGGUAGCAGCAGCAGUCAAGCAGGAGUCUUCUCACACCUCCACCUGCUCCUCUCCAUCCUCUGCCUCCUCCUCCUCAACCUCUUUGACAGCCAACAGUGCCUGGUUGUCUGAGAGUAAAGGUUCUCCCAGCAAAAGCAAAGGGAAGAGGAAGUGUGGAGUAACCAGAUGGUCUGUCUUGCAGGUGAAGGAGAUGUGAAGUGUUGCGUUCAGUGAGGACUCUCAGGGUCACUAAGUACAAACCCUCAGGCCAGGAGCAGCCCCCUUCCCCCUAACCCUGCUGCUGCUACCACCACACCACCACUACCAUCACCACCACUGCCAACAAGGGCCCGGACCCUGCCAAUGUGACGCUGAGUGUAUGUGUGGGGCGGUGUUGUCUCUAGUGGUACGUUGAUGCCUGUAUUGUGGAACAGAACGCUAUAUUCUGAAGCGCUUCUGUGCCACACUCCCACUACUUUCAGAAGGCUGUAGACAAACUAAAAUGGGUUUUUAAAGUUUCUUUUAUGGUUCUAGUGACUGGUUGACAAUAUUUCUACAUUUAUUAACAGAAGAAACCUUCUUGAGAACUCCGCUCAUCAUCUCUGUGGCCUUUGAAAAAUAGUCUUGUUGAAGGAGAAGUGUUUCUGACAACAGGCUUGGGUCAAGUUGUGGUGUGCUUGGAGCCUGUGAAUGGAGUGUGAGUAGGUAAAGUGACUCUUUCAGUACUAUGGCAACAGUUUCACCAAGCCCCGGGUGGAGUUUUUUCAAGGAGUUAAGAAUCAUGUACACAAUUUCUUGAACAAUAGAGAAUCUGGGGAAGUUUGGAAAUAUGUGUAGUACUGAAUAGGUAAAGAGUCAAGGAAUUAGAAGAUGCUCUGUGUGCCCACCACCACCACAACCCUGCCACAGUGAGUGAACUAACACUAUCACCAUAUUGCCAAAAACACAGUAACAUUCCCAUGAACAUCCAUACCAGCUGAGCCAACAACAGUAACGCUCCCAUGGACUCAUACCAGCCCAGCUAAACCUACAGCAACACUCCCAUACCAUUGCUCCUCCUAGUGAGUGUAUGGUUCCAGUUAAAUAAGGCAGGUAAGGACACAAUAACACAGUAACAUUGCCACUAACCAAUGCUCCCUCUCAAUGGUUGGUUUAUAUAAAUCAGUCUUUCUUUGAAUUGUGUGGCAAACUUCCUGUCUUCUAUGUAAGAUGCCAGAUUAUUUUGAUCAAGAUAAUCUGGGGUACCAUUUAUAUAUGUAAUCUAUCAAAGGUUUUUGGUAGAAGUGUUUUGGUUUGCUCCACAUUUCAGACACGGAAAGGAAUGUGUAUGCAAGUCAGGGCGUUAGUCAUUGCGUCAUUGGGCGUCAGUCAUGUCCUGGUAUCCUUGCCUAAACCUUGACACGCUUGGUGACACACAGUUAAGUACCACAGUGGGUCUGCAAGUUAUGGAAGAGCUCUGUUCCCACACUAAGUCGUAUGUCACUCACCGGUGUUAAUACUAUAGUACUGUCAAGUCAUAAUCUAGGGCAUAAAAACAUUAACUACUGUACCUGUGAGAAAACAUGCAUAGAGGACAUAGAGUAAAUGAAGAUAAAUCAGUACCAAAAGAAAAAAAAAAAAAAUCAGCAAAGGGACAAGCUUUAUAACCUUCAAGUGGCAUCAGUUGAGAGGGCUGUAAACCAAGGACUCUCACUGUUUGGAAGACUCCAUAACCUAGCAGGAGAAAUGUAUAGAAAAAAGUAAGGGAAACUGGUGGACUUUUUUGAUAGCAUAGAAAAGUGUUAAUCUUCAGAUGGAGAAGGAAAAAAAGCCACAUUUGCAUUUUCAUCACUUUGCCAUAUACCAGCUUACAGUUUUUUUUUUUUUUUUUACAACAUACCACUAUCAGUUUCACCCCACCAACCCAACCUGACACACAAUAACAUUUGAGUGCUUCACCACACUACCACACUAGCAACACAGCUACAAAUACAUCUUGAAAUACAUGAUUCUCAGUACUUAUUUUGUCUCAGUAUACAACAUACAUUUGUAUUCUUAAACCCUUGAAAAUUAUCUCUGGAUCAUGGACUUACCCUUUCAGCAGAAUCUGUUUAGUUAUCUCUAGAAUCAUGGAAACCCUUUAAAGCUCUCCCAAAAAAAAUAGAACCUGCUUAUCUCUAGAAUUGUGAAAACAUCCUUGAAAACCCUAAGAACUUUUAUUAACCUUUAACUACUAGAAUUAUGAAAACAUCCUUGAAAACUCCUACAAAUUUACUCUCAAGACAUCCUUUAAAUUCUCAUGAACUUCAAUUGCAACCUGUUAAAAGUUAUGGAAGCAUUUACUGAAAUUGACCUCUCAUUGUCUUCUUACUCAUACAAGCGACUCCUUAAACAGUCCCAGUAACUUCUGAAACACAUGAGUUGAUGGCAGUGGUGGUAGUGUGGGAUGCAGUGAUGGUGGUAUUUUAUGCUAAGAUACAUAUAAUUAAAAAAAUAAAGAAAAAAAAGGUAUUGAUAGUAUUAUUGAUGUAAGGUGACUUGUAGGAGACGUAUAUUACCUUAACUAGUGGUGAUCUGUAUUGCUGUGGAAGGAAUACUAUACUUGUCCUUACAAAGUUUGUUCGUGAUUUUUUCUGUAAGAGCACGUACCUAACUGGUGAAUUUUUGACUGGCCAACUUGGAUAUCAACACUUGGCAGACUGAUUGAAGUGUGAUGCUGCACGACUCUUGCACUUGUGGAGGAGAAUGAUUAGUGUGAAAGUGACCUGCGUGUAAGGCUGACUGAAUGAAGUGACUGGUGAGUGUAAAGGACUGACUGGCUAAUAGCAUGUGUAUCCAGUAAGUAGAAAUGCUCAAAUGUACAGACAGAUAGAGAGACCGUGACUGAAAUCUGACUGAAGAAAUAAGCCUAGUACUGCCACUACUAUACUAUUACUAUUAUUAUUAUUGUUAUCAUCAUAAUCACUAUUGUUAGUGUUGCUGACUGUGAGGAUUCAUUGCCUUGUGUUAUCUUUCCAGUCAUUAUCUUAGUAGAUGAUGUCAGUGGCCAGAUAGAUUUCCUUAUCAGCCUCAAAGAAUGGGUGAUGCAGCUGUGAGCCUGCAACACCACUUCACUGGCAGGUUGGGAACAGCUCCACUAAUAGCUGGGUUUUAUAGAGGUAGUCAGCUGAUCAGAAGAGUUAAGACUGAGAGGAGACACAAAAUGCGGUGGAAGUGAUACAAAGUGGUCAUCUCUCAGUAUGAAUAAUGAAGCAAGUGAAGCAGCAAACAUCUUCACUUCAUUCUGAUGGUUUGACGAAGAGACAUGCUAUUGUCAACAGUCACUGACAACCAAAGCUCUGUGGAAAAAACAAGGAUUUUUUAUUUAUUUAUUUAUUUAUUUUUAUUUAUUUAUUUUUUUUUUUUUAGCCCACUACAUUUUUGGUCACAGAGUCUUGAUAAUGUCAAGAUUUUUUUUUUUUGCUGCUCUUACUUUCCUUUGACAAAUUUCCAUCACUUCCACUGUGUUUUGUGUUGUCCAUUAGUCUGAAGGUCUGUCUCCUACCAACUGCCCUUCCUCAGAUUAGUCCUCUCUUGGUUGCAGUCAUUUCUGUGCAUUGGUAACCUUCCAUGUGGUGGUGAGGACAGGAGUCUUGGAGUCAGGAUUGCAUGAAAGCCUCACACAGAUGCACCUCAUGGUUUUGCCUUGGAUUGUUGUGCCGUCUUAUUUUUUGUUUCAUUAUUUUUGUAAUUUCCUGUGUUGAUUUCUUCACUCAUCUAUUAUAUCUUCUAUUCUCUCUUUUCUUAUUUCUUGCAUCAUUUAUUUGCUUAUUUAUUUAUUUAUGUAUUUAUAUAUUUUUUUUGCAUCAUGAUUUUUCUCUCUGGUUUCUUCUUGUCAUUUAGUGCUUCUUGUAUGGGAUAGUAGAUUUCAUGUCACAAUGUGUUAUUUCCUGUUUCCCUGCCACUGACAUCACUCUGUUCAUGCUGCCAACACCUCUUCCAGGCACAUUUCCUGCUCUCUCACUUUGUCAUUUGUUUCACAUUAACAUUUUACAGAGCAUGUGGUUUCAGUGAUGCAUGUCAUGCUUAUAUCUUUCCUCCUUGACCUGUCUGGAACAGUUAGGGUUUGGUCUGUAACCAUCAUCUCUAACAAUGGUUACAUUUCUUAUUUUCAUAAAUAAGCUACUUUCAUGUUUGUCAAGAAGUGUGGCUAAGACAAAAGAAUAAAAAAAAAAAAACUUGUUACUUUCUAAAAAGUCAGAGAGAGAAGGUGGUCAGUUUAAUUCUGAAGAUAUUUGGUUGCAGCUGCACAUUGGGUGUGUGUAGGAUUCUAUCAUGAUACAUCAUGUAAGUGAAACUUUAGCAGCAUUAUCAAGUGUGAACAUUUCUGCUAAGAUAUUGCCCUCUCACAAAGCCACAGACUAGAAGAGGCUUGGCUGUGUAAAGUAUGGUGUUGACCCCUGGCCUUCCCUUACCUCGCAUUAUAUUUUCAACUCUAGUUCAGAAAGUGUUGAGAGACAUUAGGUAGGAAGGCCCCCCCUCCCUUCCAGUUGUGUGAAGAAAACAUUCUGCUUUGUUGCGACCAGAAUGCAUCUUUCUCACAACUUAUCCUUCUGCCUUGCGUACAUGGCAGUGUAAGGGCAAUUCUUGUACAUACUGUUUUAUUAUUAAUUUAAACACAACAGGUAGGGCCGUUAGAAUAAGGGAUGUAAAUGAAAUGUGACUGACAUUUGUAAUGCAGAAUGUUAAACUUGAUUGAUUGAUAGAUACUGCGUAUGAGACAGAAGAACAAAGCAAAAACUAAACAGAGGAUGCUAGGAUUUACCUUCUGGCCUAUUCCUCACAAGUCAUUGAUGUAGCUGGAAGUAAAAGUACAAGGCUGUUGCUUGUCACACUUGUACUGAUGCUGCACCCUUUUUUUUGUGAAGUGAGAAAUAACUUGGAUAUAAGAUAAUGAAACUCAACAGAAUGCGGUCCCUGUGUUGUUGAUGGAGUGAGGUUUUCUGUGACUAGUCCAGUAACAUAAGGCCUUACCAUAUUGCUACAUUCAAGGAUCACUCAGUGAAUCUAUUAUCACUGUUCUUUUAUGUUGUAUGUGUAGUAAUAAUGUGUUACAAUGUAGAAAUUCCCAAAAGUUCUGGAAGACUGUUUUGCUUUUUUUAUGUUUCCAAGAGUAUGACCCCAAAGAGGAGGGAGAGUUAGCUCAGCACUGCAGCACUUGUGUGGUAGGGUGUGCUGGCAAUGUGCUUACUUGCCCUCCCUGGCUGCCAGCACUAUUUUUGUAUCUAAGCUGUAUUCUUCCCUUUUUACCAGACUCCAGUCUUUCUUUUAGACAACAAUUUUAACGUAUGAUAAGUUACUCUGACGACCCCUUUGUAUGUAGGUAGGACUUGACAUGUCUAUAUAGAUUUAUUUAUCUGAAAAGUGUUUGUCAUACUUACUGGUGAAUAUUUACAGUAAAAACCUUUUGUAUCC